AUGGCACAGGAAGGGACCCCAGAUAAAAGUUCCGAUGCCUCCGCAACUGAAGUUAGUCAGAUUAUAUUUGGUGAAAACAACUUGAAAUAUCAGAUCGAACAGUUUCUUAGCUCAGGUGGCCAGACUGUUAAUAUUCUACUGAGUGGCAAGACAGGAGUUGGCAAGUCACAUUUGACAAAUGCGCUCAUUGGAGAAAACCUUGCGGUAGAAGGAUAUGACAUCGACCCACAAACUGAUGACGUAAGCUACUUUGAUAUCGACAGUUAAUUCACCUUUUAAACAAUUAUGAGGUGCUUUCAUUAACGGGUUACUGUGUAUUACUUGAAGAUGGGAAAAAUAAUGACAUUUUGUAUCCUUUUCAGCAGUAUGUCUAAACUCCCUCUGUUCUUUAAUACUUGAAAUCAAGAAAGAAUUAUGGAAUGCUUUUACAGGUAUUAGGUAAAAAGUUACUUGAGGGAUAAGAAAAAACCACUUUCCAAGGUCUCAUUUAGAAACAGGGCGCACUUAUGAAUAAAAAGUUUUCAUGCAUUUCUCUCGUGUAACUGAGGUAACAUACCAAGUCAUAUCAUAAGUAAAUCACUGUUAGAGUUAAAUGGCCUAAUUAUUUCCUGUUUUAUGUCCCUUAGGUAACUGCUUACGAGGUUGUCAGAAACGGCGUAACUAUCACAGUGUUUGACACUCCAGGACUUGCAGACGCAACCGGCAAUGAUGAAAAAUAUCUGCGGAAAAUCAAGGAGAAAGUAACUCACUUGGACUUGUUUCUCUUCUGCACUGAGAUGACCAGUAAGCGAUUCCGCACCGACGACUUGGAAACGAUGAGGAAGCUUACAGAAGCCUUGGGGGAGAAACUUUGGGAUCAUGCUCUUGUGGUUUUAACCUUUGCAAACGAAGUUCCAUUAUCGCCAACCAAGAAGACGGGUGACGUACCUGAAGUAACCGUUUUCAAUGAUCGCUUUUUACGUUUCAAGAAAGCGAUAAACAAACAUUUAGUUGCCAUAGGAGUACCUGAGAUAACUGUGAUUAAUGUGCCAUUUACGCCAGCCGGAGAGUUGGAUGAUCCAAGACUUCCAGAUAGAGAAGAUUGGUUGACAGCAUUUUGGAUCGCAGCUUUCAAACGUGUCAACAGGAACGCAAAAGCUGCUUUCCUAAUGGCAAAUAUUGAUCGCAUUUCACUUUCCUCCACCUCUGGUGAAGGAAACGAAGAAAGCAAAGUAAGGAAAGAUGGCAACGUUUGUCAAUCUUUAACCAUCGAAGAAAGGAAUGCAAUUAAAGAAUCAGGAGGAAAAUUGAAAGAAAGCGACUUUGACAAAAAAUUGAGCCGCUGUUUUGAGAAAUUGGAGAUGAAAACUAAAGAGGAGUGCCCCACAUCCCCUGGCCAAGAUGCAGAGGUGUCAGGCCCCUCUAUCAAUGCGAACGAAACUUUCUCUGAAGAGAUCAUUAAGGAGAUAAUAAGCGGGAAAUUCAUGGCUGAGCUGACCAGUGCUAGGAAAACUGAGACUUCGGAUGGACCCGAAGAGGAGCGCCCCACAUCACCUGGCCAAGUCGCAAAGGUGUCAGGUCCGUUCAUCAAUAGGAAUGAAACGUACCCUAAAGACGUCAAGAAGGAGAUGUUGGCCGAUGUAACAGGGCAAUGCAUGGUUCAGCUGACCAGUGCUAAGAAGAAAACUGAGACGUCGGAUGAACCUGAAGACGAGUGCCCCACAUCACCUGGCCAAGAUGCAAAGGUGUCAGGCCCCUUCAUCAAUAGGAACGAAACGUGCUCUAAAGACAUCAAGAAGGAGAUGUUGGCCGAUGUAGAAGGGAAAUUCAUCGGUGAGCUGACCAGUGCUAAGGAAAAAACUGAGACGUCAGAUGAACCUGAAGACGAGUGCCCCACAUCACCUGGCCAAGUUGCAAAGGUGUCAGGCCCCUUCAUCAAUAGAAACGAAACGUGCUCUAAAGACAUCAAGAAGGAGAUGUUGGCCGAUGCAACAGGGAAAUUCAUCGGUGAGCUAACCACUGCUAAAUUUGGUGGAAAGUACCAAAUAUUCCUCGGCUUCGUUAUGAAGUAUAUUAGGAAGUUUUUCCCAACUUCAGCUUCAAAGUCUAGACCAGAAGGCAUGAAAAAAUGAUCACGUGGUGACCAAACAGAGAGAAAGAGAGAAACUGUAUGCCUUUAAAAAUAUCAACCAGUUAGACUAUGAACAUAUAAUCUAUAAAUCAAAUUGGACUCUGUAUGCUUAAAAGGUUCAUGCCAUGUUUCUGAAAUCAAACGUGCUAUAGAAAAAUGGUUCAAAUAGGCAACAUAUAAUAUGUGGGCUCGUUAGAGGUCCAAGCGAUUUUUUGUCACAAGAUAAGACUAGUUAAAGUUGCUAAGUACAAUGAAGUUAUUUGAUACAGAGGACCGAUUUAUAAAACUUUGAAAAAUGUCUUUUGUAAUUUUUUUUUAAAUUCAUGUUAUUAGUAACACCAUCGGGAGAAAAUGAUUAAAACGGGAAAAGAUGGACAACAG